AUGCAUCUGUGGCCCUGUCUCAGAUCCUGUUGUGUAGUUUCGUCUGUAGCAUCUUCUUGUAAAGCUUUUCUUUGCCACCAUGAGUGUAAAACAAGGAGUUAAGGGCUUAGGGAGCUCAGGUUCCAAUUCUGUUCGUGCCUCUAGUGUUAGAGUUUGUUCUGGAACACAAAGCCAUGGUGGAUUUUAUGGUGGUGGGGCAGGAGGGAGCUUAGCCGGUGGAUACGGUGGAUAUGGCUUUAGUAGUGGGUCAGGCUUUGGGGCUAGCUCUGGUUUUGGCCAUGGAGGCGGACCUGGCUUUGGAAUUGGAGGGGGUCAUGGAAGUGGUUUUGGGUAUGGACAGGACCAAGGAUUGCUCAAUUUCAAUGAGAAGAACACCAUGCAGAAUUUGAAUGACCGUCUGGCUUCAUACCUCGACAAAGUGCAAGACUUGGAGCAAGCCAAUGCUGAACUAGAAAAAAAGAUCCGCCAGUGGUAUGAAUCUCAUGGACCAAAGCCAAGCCAAGACUAUAGUCAUUACUUCAAAACCAUUGAGGAAAUACAGAAAAAGAUCCACGAUGCCACCAUUGACAACGGCCGUAUCACACUGCAGAUUGACAAUGCCCGCCUGGCAGCUGAUGACUUUAAGCUCAAAUAUGAGAAUGAACUUUUCCUGCGCCAGACUGUGGAGGCUGAUAUCAAUGGCCUGAGGAGGGUUCUGGAUGAUCUGACUCUCAGCAGAAGUGAUCUGGAGGCACAGCUUGAGAAUCUGAAGGAUGAAAAAGCCAUGCUGAAGAAGAACCAUGAAGAGGAUAUGAAGGCACUGCAGGGACAGGUCCAAGGCACUGUCAAUGUGGACCUCAACCCAACACCAGGAAUUGACUUACAAAAAAUACUUGGUGACAUGAGACACGAUUAUGAAAGCAUCAUGGCCAAAAACAAGAAGGACAUGGAAGACUGGUAUCGUGUUCAGACCGAAGAACUGAGUCAAAAAAUGAAGAAGGAGACACAUGAAGUCAAGUCUACUCAGACCGAAAUCACAGAUUUGAGACGCACUUUCCAAAGCCUUGAGAUUGACCUCCAGGCACAGAUUAGCAUGAAAGCUGCUCUGGAGGGAACGCUAGCAGAAACCGAAGGACGCUACUGUAUGAAGCUUGCAGAAAUCCAGAAUAUGAUUCAGAAAGUGGAGGAAGAACUUGCAAACAUCCGCUGUGAUAUGUCGAAUCAAAGCCAAGAAUACCAGAUCCUUCUAGAUACCAAGGCUCGUCUAGAGAAAGAAAUCAACACCUACCGCAGCCUACUGGAUGGACAGGGAACUCAGAUUUCAAAGGGCUCCCAGGAUUAUUCAUCAGGCUCCCAAUCUGAUAAAACAGGAGGUUCCUAUAACGUAAGAAUCCGGACUGAGGACAGUGAUGGUCGUGUGAUCUCCACCCAUGACCAGAAAUACCAAUCUGGAUACAGAAAGUAAUCAACACUUCACUCCAGGAACAAUGCCUAAUAUUCUCCUAUCUUUCAAUGCUCAUAGCUUAUGACUGUAUCUUUCUUAAUGAAACAUGUCAACCAGGAGCACAAAGCAAAUUACGGGUGAUUGUACUUGAGGAAGCAUAAAUAAGUUGUACUAACAACCAUCAUAUAAGUAAU